AUGGCGCCAGUGGGAUGUUCCCAGAGGAUGACUGCGUUCCUGCAGUUGCCGAUGCCAUUUUUCCCAAGGGAAUGGGAGCACGCAAGAAGGGAGCACUCUUGGAGGCAGCUCAGCCUUGCCCAUCACUUCAUCACGGCGACGGCGUGCCAGGAGGCAGACUACGGCUGGAUGAUCCGGCACUACUGCCUGAAGCAGUUCCAGCUCAGCAUGGAGGGCAUCGGGCAGCGGCUCUGGUGUGACUGGGACGAGACUGUGGGCACCUACGGGGAGCUGACGAACUGCACGGCACUGAUCGCCGAGAGGCUCGACUGCUACUGGCCCAACCGGCUGGUGGACGAGUUCUUCGUGGCCGUCCAUAAGCAGUACUUCAGGAACUGCUCCCCGUCUGGCCGGGCACUGCAUGAUCCCCCCAAUGGCAUCCUCUGCCCCUUCAUCCUGCUGCCCGUCCUUGUCACCCUGCUGAUGACUGCGCUGGUGGUGUGGAGGAGCAAACGCAGCGAGGGCAUUGUGUAG